AUGAAGGUCACAGCCAUUGAAGAAGCUCAAGACAUCAGCAUCAUGAGAGUGGAUGAACUUAUUGGGUCUCUCAAAACCUUUGAAUUGGGUAUCAGUGACAAAUCUGAAAAGAAACACAAGAGCAUAGCUUUUGUAUCCAACAAUGAAGAUGAAGAAAACCAAUGUGACUUGGAUGCCGGUGAAGGAAUGACUAAUGUUAUUGUUCUUUUAGGAAGACAAUUCAACAAGAUACUAAAAAUGAUCAUGGCUGACAGACGCAGAGGUCGUGGUAGACUCAUAACUCAGAAUUCAGAUUCAGAACCACCAAGUGGUAGUAAAGGUUUUCAAUGGCCUCAGUUUCUGCAACAGAUGCAACAACAACAGAACCAAUUCAUGCAUCAGAUGAUGCAACAGUUGAAUAGUGGUCUUCAUCCUCAAUGGGUUCCACAAGAAGUUGCAGGUGGUAGUUUCCGAGAUUUCUUUCGCAUGAAUCCUUUUGAGUUCCAUGGUGGAUUAAAUCUUGUGAAGGCUCAUGAGUGGGUAACCAGCAUGGAGAGGAUUUUUCAGAUAGUGCAUUGCAGUGAAGAGAAUAAAGUUGUGUUUUCUUCUCACAUGAUGAGGGGUCCUGCUGUAAGGUGGUGGGAAAGCGCUUCGACUCUUAUGAGCAAUCAAGGAGUACCUAGGGAUUGGGAGCAUUUUAAUACUACUUUUCUAGAUAAGUAUUUUCCUAGCUCUUUGAGGACUCAGAAAGAAUUUGAGUUUCAGCAGCUUAGACAGGGUAAUAUGUCAGUAGUUAUGUAUGCUGAAAAGUUUGAAGAUAUGGCUGCUUAUUCUAGACAGGCCAUGUACACACCAGAUGAGAAGUGGAAGAUCGAUCAAUUCCUUUUUGGUUUAAGAGGUGAAAUUUCUCAUAGUGUUUCUCAAAGAGAAUUCACUACUUAUGUUGAAUUGCUAAGGCAAUGCUAUGUGGAUGAGAACAGUUUAAAGAAAGUUCAAGAAGAAAGGGAUCAAUAUAGGAUUGGACAGGAAGACCAGGGAAGGCCAGGUAACCAGUUUAGGCCUAGACCUCAAUUUUUCAAAGGAAAACAAGUGCAGCAUGCAAGCCCUAACCAUCCUCCGCAAUGUCAAGUAUGUAAGAAGUCUCAUUUUGGAAGAUGUGUUGGAAGUUUGGUUAGGUGUUUUACUUGUCAGAGGGAGGGACACAUGGCUAGGAAUUGUCCUCAGAAUAAGAAUCAGAUGCAAGGAAGGAACACUGGUUGA